AGGGCGGGAGGUAACAUGGAGGAUCUGUAGGCAAACUGGCCAUCAGAGGAAAACAGCUAUCGCUCUGAUCCCUGGGAGUUUCUCAACUGUUUACCGCCACGCACAACACAUUUCAACAUGGACAUGAAGAAGAGGAUUACUCUAGAGCUGCGGAACAGGAAUCCGGAGGAGAUCACGGAGCUGGUGGUCGAUAACAGUCGCUCUGCCAAUGGAGAGAUCGACGGUCUGACGGACGGGUUCACAGGGCUCGAGUUCCUCAGUAUGAUCAAUGUGGGUCUGAGCUCGCUGGCCAAGCUGCCCUCACUGCCCAAACUACGCAAGUUGGAGCUGAGCGACAACAACCUGUCUGGUUCUCUGGAGACACUGUCUGAGAAAUGUCCCAACCUGACCUACCUCAACCUGAGUGGGAACAAGAUCAAGGAGCUGAGCACCGUUGAGGCGCUGCAAAACCUGAAGAACCUGAUGAGUCUGGACCUGUUCAACUGCGAAAUCACAUCUCUGGAGGACUACAGGGAGAGCGUGUUCGAGCUGCUGCCUCAGGUCACCUUCCUAGACGGCUUCGACCAAGAGGACAAUGAGGCCCCCGACUCCGACCCCGAGGACGAAGACGAGGAUGGCGAGGACGUGGCAGGGCAGACUGGGGACUGCGAUGAUGAGGAAGAUGAAGAGGAGGAUGAGGACGGUUCGGAGGGAGGAGAGGAGGAGGAAGAUGAUGAGGAAGAGUAUGCGGAGGAGGAGGAGGAGGAGGAGGAAGAGGAUCAGGCGGGCGUCCAGGGACAGAAGAGGAAGCGAGACGUGAACGACGAAGGCAAGGAGGAGGGGGACAAUGAAGACGACUAGUCCUCCGGCCGAGUGAAAUAUGUGUGUUGUCCUGUCCAGUUCCAGUCCAUCCCAGUCCACCUUCGGACCCAGUCUCCACCAGACUCCAACCACUGCAGCUCCACCAGGGACAGCCACAGCAGCCACAGGACAUGUCUGAGACAGCUCCUCUUAGUUUGUGCUAAAGAAUCAAGUCUUUAUUUUUAGAUAAUAUAUAAGAUUUACAGAGAAGAUUUUAUCUGGAUUUUGCCUGUUGGUUCUCAGCCAAGGACUCCAAAUCUCCCUUUAAACCUGGUUCUGGAUUUAAGCUUCUGUCUGUCUAGCCUCCUCCUCUCUGUGUCCUGAACUUUGAUCCUCAUCUAAACGGGAUGGCUCAAGUUUGGCCGCGGUUGACCAGCCAAUUUCUGAGAACAGGUGUGAAACCCAGAAUGCGGGGGGGUGUCCCCUCCACACAGCCUCUGGGCUGGGCGUCCGUGUUUGGUCUUUUCCUCUGGUUGGCUGUGGCUCCUGCUCGUAUCACUCUGAGGAUGUCCAACCUUUAGGGACACGACACCGUUCCUGCUUGGGAAAACCUUCUGUUCAGCUUCCUCCAGUCCAGGCUACAAGACUCGUCUCCAGCUGUUUUCUCCGCAGGUGUAAACCCACGUGCACGGCAGCCAGCUGGUUGUAACGCAGUGUCUGGUUCCUGAUCUGCAUAUGGCCCAAACACUGCUUGUACAGAUUGAUUGAUUAAUUAGAAUA